UUCAUCCAUAAUGCCCUUUGGCCGCACAUGGCCCCAUCAAGAAACUGCACUUAUUUAUUCUUAUCAACUUUCCUAAGAACCAAUAGCUUGCUUCCUAGCACUGCCUAACAACACAAAAAAGCCACAAAAAUGGACGCCUUGUCUUCCUCCUUCCUCUCCACAUUUUCCACCAAAAAAAAUCUCCGGCGACAAACCUUGCCUCCUAAACCAACCAUCAUAACAAAUGUUAGAAUUGAAGAAAAACCCUCUUCUACUACUACCACCACUACUUCUACCACACCAAAAACCACACCACCACGCACUACAAAGCCCCAAUCAUCGUCGUCGUCGUCGCUGCGUAAUGUUACUGCUAUAAGAAGGCGGGUAACUUCUCCGACACUGCCCGGAAUGAUCUUCAACGCUUUUGAUGACAUCAUCAACAACUUUAUAGACCCUCCUCUUCGCUCCUCAGUCGACCCGAAGCUCGUCCUGUCUGACAAUUUCGCUCCGGUCACCGACGAGCUCCCCCCCACCGAAUGCACCAUCACUCACGGCUCCCUCCCUCCUUGCCUCGACGGCGCCUACAUCCGCAACGGCCCAAACCCGCAGUUCCUCCCCCGUGGGCCCUACCAUCUCUUCGAUGGCGACGGCAUGAUCCACUCCUUAAGAAUCCGCCAAAAAAAACCGCCCAUUCUCUGCAGCCGCUACGUCAAGACUUACAAAUUCUCCGUGGAAAAAGAAGCCGGACAUCCGGUUCUCCCCAACGUCUUCUCGGGGUUCAACGGCGUCGUUCCCUCGGCGGCCCGUGGCGCUCUCUCCGCUGCUAGAAUAUUCAUCGGCCAGUACAACCCCGCCAACGGAAUCGGCCUCGCCAACACCAGCCUCGCCUUCUUCGCCGACCGCCUUUUCGCGCUCGGCGAGUCAGAUCUUCCCUACGAGGUUAGAGUUACGCCCGAAGGAGAUAUACAAACCAUUGGUCGCCAUGAUUUCGACGGCAAGCUUUCCAUGAGCAUGACUGCUCACCCCAAGAUAGAUCCUAAUACCGGCGAGGCCUUCGCGUUUCGAUACGGCCCAAUCCCGCCUUUUCUCACGUACUUCUACUUCGAUAAAAACGGGGAGAAGCAGCCGGACGUGCCGAUAUUCUCCAUGUCGCGUCCUUCGUUCCUCCACGACUUCGCGAUCACGAAGAAGUACGCGGUGUUUGCAGACAUACAGAUUGGGAUGAACCCGAUGGAGAUGAUCGUUGGAGGAGGGUCUCCGGUGGGGUCGGACCCGUCGAAAGUGUCGAGGCUGGGAGUGCUUCCUCGCUAUGCGAAGGACGAGGGGGAGAUUAGGUGGUUUGACGUGCCGGGAUUCAACAUCGUCCAUGCGAUCAAUGCGUGGGACGAGGAUGACGCGGUGGUGAUGGUGGCGCCGAAUAUUCUUUCCGUCGAGCACACGCUCGAGAGGAUGGAGCUCGUCCAUGGACUGGUCGAGAAGGUGAGGAUUGAUCUGAAGAGCGGGAUCGUUUCCAGGAGUCCCAUGUCGGCGAGCAAUCUCGACUUCGGGGUCAUAAAUCCGGCCUACGUCGGGAGGAGGAACAGAUAUGUCUAUGCGGCGAUCGGGGAUCCAAUGCCAAAGAUUGCGGGGGUGGUCAAGCUGGAUCUGGAGGCAGCAGACGAUCAGCGAAGGGGAGAAUGUACGGUGGCAAGGAGGAUGUUUGGCGACGGGUGCUACGGCGGGGAGCCCUUUUUUGUGGCGAAAGACGUAGCAGAGGAAGAGGACGACGGUUACGUGGUGUCAUACGUGCACAAUGAGAAGUCGGGAGAGUCAACUUUCUGGGUGAUGGACGCCAAGUCACCCGAGCUUGACAUUGUGGCUGAAGUCAAGUUGCCCCGUCGAGUGCCUUAUGGUUUCCACGGCCUCUUCGUCAAGGAAACGAACCUUAGAAAGCGAGCAUAGCUGGUAGUGAAACUGACAAUAAAUAAAUUUAGUCGGUUAUUUGUAAUUAAAAAUACAACUAUUGACUAUAUAACCAUCUUAAAGAAAACAUUUUAAAAAUUAGAACAAGCAAAGAUUCUGGGAAGACACGGAUGACUUAGUGUGUCGCAUAGGCAAUGAGGAUAAUAUUUUCAUUGGAGGCGAUGCUAGAAGCAAUGCUGAAUAGCUGAGGUAGUUGCUACCGUGCAAUUAAGUGAAGAUUGUGAACAUUACUCUCAUAUACAAAUGUAAGAAUUGUAAAUUCUGUAAACUUUGAACUUUAGAUUUCUAGACCGUGGUUGAUGUCUGUAAUGUUAUUUACAUGUUCAUGUAUGUACAAUACUGCAUAUUCUGUUGGUGAAAUCCUGAACGAUGCCGGAGGCUUAGUUUUCAAA